GCCUGAAGCGAUUGCCAUCGCUCAGACCCUACCAAACACCGGAAGAAGGAAGGAAGGAAGGAAGGUUGGAAGGAAAAUGGCACACGUUGGCAAGUACGCGGACGAGCUCAUCGCCACGGCGAAGAAAAUUGCGACCCCUGGGAGGGGUAUCCUCGCCGCUGACGAGAGUACGGGCACCAUUGGGAAGAGACUGGCCAGCAUCAACGUGGAGAAUGUGGAAUCCAACAGGAGGGCUCUGAGGGAGCUUCUCUUCACCGCUCCCGGGGCGAUGCAGUACAUCAGCGGCGUCAUUCUGUUCGAGGAGACUCUCUACCAGAAGACGGCAGACGGGAAGCCUUUCGUCGAUCUCCUCAAGGAGGCCGAUGUGGUGCCCGGCAUCAAGGUCGACACCGGCGUUGCGCCUCUCGCCGGCACGAAGGGCGAGACCACGACUCAAGGGCACGACGGAUUGGGCGCUAGGUGUGCCAAGUACUACCAGGCGGGCGCACGGUUCGCCAAGUGGCGCGCCGUCCUGAAGAUCAGCGCAGACGGAUGCCCUACGCCUCUGGCAAUCAAGUCGAACGCGGAGGGGCUGGCCAGGUACGCGUCCAUCUGCCAGGAGAACGGGCUGGUGCCGAUCGUGGAGCCGGAGAUCCUGAUCGACGGCACGCACGACAUCGAGAAAAGCGCCGCUGUGACGGAGAAGGUCCUGGCCGCGGUGUACAAGGCUCUGAGCGACCACCACGUACUGCUGGAGGGCACGCUCCUGAAGCCGAACAUGGUGACGCCGGGAUCGGACGCUGCGAAGGUGGCGCCGGAGGUCGCGUGUACAGGUGUGCAAUCUUGGAUCAUUUGUUCGCCUUAGACCUUGAAUCUCCUUAUUGGUCUUGAUCAAAUCAGGUCGUUAUUUGCCCAAUUCCCGUUUCGUUUUUUCGCUGAGAGAUCGAUGCAUUAGCUAUCUUAUCAAGUAAUUAAUACUGGUAUGCUAGGAGCCUA